AUGUUUACAACACUGCCAGAUUUUACACCGCGAGAUUCGCACUCUCUGUGGUACUCAUCCUCUAGGAAUCCCUUCAUUCCUCCAGGGCCAGUCGAUCACCUACAUGCGGAUCCGAACAGCGGUCACCAUGGCCCAGCGCAUUCACGCCAGCGCGGGCAGCUCAUGGAGCGAACACUCCUCGCGCGCCUCGCUACGGACGAACAAAAAAUGCACCGUCGUCGGAUGAAUGUACAGAACUUUGGAAGCACCUGGCUGAAGCCUCCUGGAGUGCCCAAGACUCUGCACCAGAUGCGAGAGGAGAAGCGCGAACAAGAGGAACACCAAGAAGCUAUGAGACGAGAGCAACUUGCUCAGGAACUAGCAGAGGCGGAAGGUGGCGGCACAAUGGACGAAGGCAUGAUGGAUGACGUGCAGCUGGAUGGAGCGCAAGAUUUAGACGAUGACAUUCCGGAUGCAGACGAUGCUUUUAACCCAAGCAGCGACGACAGCGAGGAAAAUGAUGACGACGAUGGCGAGGAUGUUGAUGACGAAGAGUACUACGAACAGGCGUUGGACGAACAAGAGGUCUACGAAGAUACCGUACGGCAGGAAACAGUGUACGAGCUGGAAGCUGCACGUAUGAGGAUGACAGACGACGCCUUCCGGGAAGCCCUCGUCCGCGGCGAUCCCGAAGCCGACGGCAGCAUAUACGGCGGCGCAGAAGAAGAAGACGACGAGAGCAGGAGCCAAAUACUCGAGGAGGACGACUUUGCGCACGACGGCACCUUGGACGAGGGAAUGGCGGGCGACAUGGACGCUGAUCUUGAUGACGAUAUCCCCGAAGCAGAUGACGGCGGGUACGAGCAUACAGACUCCGAAGCCGACGUCAGCAGCAGCGCUCAUUAUGGAGAAGAAAACGAGGAAGAGGAGGGCAAUUCCACCGACCUCAGCUUUGUGCCGGCGCGCUCCACGCUCCUUGAGACCCCUGGAUCUCCUACGCUGCCUCGCCAAGCGGGGUCUCACACAAGGCAGGGUUCUCAUAGAAGGUCCCGUGCGAGCAUGGAUCUGAGCAGUCUGCUGUUGCAGGACGAGAGCAGCUUUAUGACGCCGAUGGCGAGCAGCCCUGCAGCGAGGGGACGAAGGCAAGGCCAGCGGAAAUGA